CUAUUCCCAGUUGGAUUAACGGCGGCGGAACCUAUAUAUACAAGUUUCAUCCUGUUAUUCCCUUCACCUAAAGCUUAUAAUUAUCACAAUAGCAUUGGGGGGAGUCCGUUGUUCUCUGCGAACCCUAGAUUAGAUCUUCCUUUCUCAUCUUCACUGUUCUCUCUCUCUCUCGCUUCGAUUGGGGUUUUUUUCUUUCGCUUGUCAAUCUCAGACAAACGUACUGAUUACAGACAGACAGACAGACUGAGGAAGACAUGGACGAUAGCUGUGCCGUGUGCGCCGAUGUUCUGGAAUGGGUGGCCUACGGUCCCUGUGGGCACCGGGAGGUCUGCUCCACCUGCGUCGCUCGUCUCCGCUUCAUUUGCGAAGAUCACACCUGUUGCAUCUGCAAGACCCAUUCCGACAUCGUUUUCGUCACCAAGGCCUUAGGAGAUUAUACAAGGAUGAUUAAUGACUUUUCUGUCUUGCCAAAAGGAAGGGAGGGCAGGGUGGGAUCAUACUAUUACCACGAGGGUACUCAAGCAUUUUUUGAUGACAUUGAUCAUUACAAGAUGAUCAAGGCAAUGUGUAGGCUAUCGUGCAGUGUAUGUGAUAAGACGGAGGGGCAGCCACAUGAUAGCUCAAAGCGUCGAGCAAAUUUUAGGAACAUUGAACAGUUGAAGGGUCAUUUAUUCCAUCAACAUAAGUUAAUUAUGUGCAGUCUUUGUUUGGAAGGAAGGAAGGUGUUUAUUUGUGAACAAAAGUUAUAUACUAGAGCACAAUUGAAACAGCAUAUAAGCACAGGGGACUCUGAGGUGGAUGGAACUGAGAGCGAAAGAGGUGGCUUUACUGGGCAUCCUUUGUGUGAAUUUUGCAGAACCCCAUUCUAUGGGGAAAAUGAACUGUACUCGCAUAUGUCUACUGAACAUUACACCUGUCACAUAUGCCUCAGGCAGCAUCCAGGUCACUACGAGUAUUAUAAGAAUUAUGACGACCUAGAGAUCCACUUCCGCGACCAUUUCUUGUGUGAGGAUGACGCCUGCCUAGCCAAAAAGUUUAUUGUCUUUCCAUCAGGAGAAGCAUUGAAGAGACAUAAUGCUCUUGAACAUGGAGGAAGAAUGUCACGUUCGAAGCGUAAUGCUGCUCUGCAGAUUCCGACUAGCUUUCAAUAUCAACGAAGUAAUGAACAAGAUCGUCUCCGUGGGAGAGGACGAGCAUUUCAAAUCAAUUCUUCUGAAAGUCAACCUUCUAUGGCUAUUGAAGCAAGUUUAGAGACAGCUAAUGCCGAUCAUACAUUUCAUGAUCCACCAUUAACAUCCAAUCCGCAAGUUGAUCCUGAUGCUGAGGGGACAAGCAAUAUUGAUCCGAUAAUUCAGGAAUUUGAAUCAUUAGCUACAACAGAUUCUGAAUUACCUUCAAGGUACCUUCAAGCUUUGGGAAGGUCAAGGAAUGCUCCUUUGGAAGAAUCUUCCUUUCCUCCUCUCCCCAUGGCACCCAAAAACAGUCAACAAAAACCAAAACAGGAAUCAGAAAAUUUUCCUAGUAACUCUAUGGCAUCACAUAUCCGCCGUCAAAGAAAUGUGCCCGAACUUAAUUCAGCUCAGGUUUGGUCAGCAUCAAGCUGCGGACCCCUCCCACUAGCAGCUGCUUCAACACAACCUAGACCUACAACAAAUUCAGCACAUGUAAAAUCACUUAGUUCUGGACAGUCUAAGAUGGCCACUGGUAAUGGACUAGCAUCAUCUAGUUAUGCAAGUUUGGCUCAGGCUUGGCCAACACCCGCACUUUUAUCAGUUGGCUCUUCAAGGGACUCGGGCAACACUGGUAGGAUCAGACACUCUGCAUCAGCCCCAGAUCUUGUGGAAAGUGUCUCUGUGAAACCCUCAAGUUCAGAUUUCCCUCCAGUAUCUGUAGCACAAUUGCACAAGUUGCCCAGAAGUAGCCAGGCUUCCUUAAAUGUGCAGGAUGUUCAGACUGCAAACCGGUCCUUGGUGGAAAAGAUUCGUGCUGCCCUUGAAUUUGAUGAAGACAGAUACACUGCCUUCAAAGGCAUAACUGUACAGUAUCGCCAGGGUUUAAUUGACACAGGAAGGUAUCUGGAUCUUGUCCAGAAGUUUGGCCUGUCACAUCUUAUUCUGGAGUUGGCUCGGCUCUGUCCUGAUGAGCUGAAACAGCAAGAGCUUGUUGAGACCUAUAAUGCUAGUUUGCGAAGCAAUGUUCCUCAAGCUAAUGGUCGGGGCACAGGCAAUUCCCACCUGAAAGACGGUAACGGCUCUAAGAAAGGUAAAGGGAAGUCUAUAGUUGCUGAAGGAAAUAGUUCAAAGGAUAGAUUAGCAAAUAACAUUUUGAACACCGUAAAGCAACUGCAAUCUGCAUACAAGCCCCAGGAAGCAGCGGCUGAGGUAUUAUCAAGGGAGGGGUACCGUGCUUACAAAGGAGGCAAAUCUAAGGUUUUGAUGGAUGAGCAGCAUGCGGAGCUAAUUACCGGUAAUCAACCCUUAAUGAAGCUGAGAGGUCAGAACGAUUCCCCAUUAGCUGGUAGUAAAUCUAAUCAAAAUAUACAGGAUGGUGGUGGAGGAAGCAAGCAAAGAAAGAAAACCCCAAAGUUCCUCAGAGCUCGAUUGGGUGAUGGGUCCGUGUCAUCACUUUUGGAUCACAAGAACAAAGAUCCUGACUCAAACCCAGAAGCAAUGGAUGAGAGUUCAGAUGGAGGGUUGCCUGUGCGUGGUGUUUGGCGAAAUGGAGGAGGCCAUAAACUCUUCCCCGAAUAAUUUUUUUUAAGAGAUCCUAAAAUCACUGAUUCCAGUGGUAGUUUUUUGUGCGGUACAAGAAUCAUUAGCUUCAGAAUCAUGAUUGAUCUGGGAAAGACAAAAAGGAUUUUCAAGUUGAGUUGAAUUUUCUACAUGGUAGCUUUGAAGGCAAAGGCAAUGUUGCCCGAAUCAGAUACCCCUUGCCCCUAUGGGUAUAUCUUGCACCUCGCAAGUGUUCAUAUGCAGAUAACCGUUUGAGUUUAUAUAUAUAUAUAGUGCGGAGGUUGAGGUUUACAAUAUGUCUAGACAUUCCUGUUUUUAAUGUAUAUGCGGUUGUUCCA